CAAACACAUUUCUUUAAUUUUUCCAUUUUAUGCAUGUUAAGUCUGAUAAGAAUAAUCUCAGUAGAACUGUUGUUGAUGCCAUUACGCGCUGUGCAGUUUACUUGAUAAUUAUAUAAAUCGAAAAAAGAACGCAAAUGCCAAAUAAAAGACUUGUUAAUCGACGGACGGAUUGUGAAUUACAUCAUUUGAGCCUUUGGGUUGAGAUUACCAAAAUAUAUCCAUCCUCUUUUUCUUAAUUUAUUCUUGGCACAUUCGCGCUAACAUAAUUAUAUAUUGUGACAGUGUAAAACUGUAUUAAUAUAAAGCUUAUGCUGGUAUUGAACAUUAUAUAGUUUUAACAAAAUGGGUUUAAAUGACAGAGUGCUUUUGCAACGGUACCCCUGGUGUCAAACGAUGAAAGAGACUCUACAAAUUUGGAAGGACGCGUUGACGUCACAACGUGCGGGCAGGCACGAGGAGGCUGUGACGACAUAUUCGACGAUUGACUCGCCGUCAGCGAGGAUUUAUUACAAUAUAGCAUGUGCUUGCUUGAACAUGGAUCAAGAGAAGAACGCCAUCGAGAACUUCACCAAGGCAGUACAGACGGACCAGCUGCUGGCCAUUGCUUACUUCCAAAGAGGAACAAUUUACCUUAAGUCAAAAAGCAUCAUAAAAUCGCUGUCGGACCUGAAGGCGUCACGUGACCUGCUCCGAGGGAACACGUACAUCGACUACCGGCCCCUGGGACUGCACGUGCUGCUAAAUCUGUAUCAGAUCCUACACAACCUUGCUCUGGUACAUCUGCUUGACAACGAUGACGUCACAGGUCGUCUGUUGCUGGCGGAAGCCAUGCACGAGGCAGACGACAUUCAGAAAAAGCGCGUGCGGCAGACUUUCGAACUCUUGAAGGCAGGCAAACGGGACGACUUGACUCCAAUAACUGUAUCAGUAGACAGGUUCUUCAGCCCACCAAAUGACGUCACAAAAACGUUGACCAAUCCUAACACACCAAAGAUAGCACGUGCGAAGGUCGUCACAGCAACUGAUACGGACGACAUGGAAAAGUCGUUCAACUUUUCAAAGAAGGCAAGAGAAAUAAAGGCAGCUCAAGAGAACAGUUCCACAUCUACUGAUCGUUUUAAGCCCAGGUCACCAUUGUCGCCAAGAAACUGGGCGCCUUUCAAUAUACGUCGGAAGUUUGCAAAGCAGAAGACGUCAUCCAAUGAAGCCACAGUGACGUCAGAGCCAAUACGUGGGUGUAAGUCUUUGUCAGAUUUAGGGUCAUUGGCGAAUGCAUCGGAUGACGUCAGUGAACAGAGUGAAAAUAAAAUUGAAUUCAAAGGUGCAAGAUAUGCUAAUUAUUCCAACUGGCGUCUAUCGGUACCGGAAAUAGCACAAACUCUUUCUGCAGAUGACGUCAGCAAAUUGAGCCAAAUGUCAUCAAAGCCCGGCAGAAAGAAAUCGAGUCCUUUUGCUGGCGUUCGUCGCCUGCUUCAAAAGAAAACAAAUUCACGAAAGAGUGAAACAAUAGAAACACACCCAUCUGCGAUAAGCGGAAGUAGAUCUAUGAGUGACAUCACAAGUCUCUCACAAUCAAGCUUAGACGUAUUCAACUUCUCUUCUUCAUCGGAAGACGAAGAAGCGUUGACAUCUGCUUUGAAAGCAAACUUUUUUCUCAGUUCGUCCUUGGAUGGUAUUUUAUCGUUACAUCAUCCUUCACAGACACAAACGUCAGAGCCUUUAGAUUUGGAUUUGACCACACCGGUAUUCGAACCCCAGGAGUCGAUUGAAUUGCAUUGUGGAGACUCUGCAGAUUCCCGGAACACCAAAUUUCAGUCUCUGACUAAUCAAGACAGCCCACUCAGUAGUAAACAGACUGCGAUACAUGAAGUACCCUCUAUAGUCAUCACAGACGAUAAAAUCGACGACGUCACAAGGAGUGAACCCACCACCGGAAAAGACGUCACCGCAAAGCGGCGGAGUCGGCCUCCGCCACCCUCCUAUCCGCCGCCUCCCCUUCCCCCCGCUGUGGCAGCGAGGAUGUCCGAGUGAAUCAUGAACGCUGUGAUUUAGAUUUCCUCAAUCUUAUAUUAAGAUGUUGUGUCAUUGUUAGUGAUUUAUUUGGACUGUUGAACUUCAAAGAUGUGAUUUGUACACUCCUAUAAGUGCCAUAGCGAUCCCACCCUCGCCUUUUUCCCCAGACAGACUUAUCAAAUAAGCUGCACCGAAGUAAAUGUCAAAUCUCGUUACUCUGUUAACAAUUUUCACUUUAUUUGAAUUAGUAAAUCGCGCGUCUUAUUACAUCAAUUUUCAAUUGAAAACACAAAAGUGUUCCUAUAAAAAGUACUACAAAUUUGAAAAAAAAAGAUGCGAAUAUGUAACAAACAAAUGGCUCGUUUCUUGGGCAAUUAAUACUGCGCGGUGUGGGAUCGCGAUGGCCCUUAUAGGAGUCCGUAGUGUUGUGUUAUAGUCGCUGUUUUUAAUGAUUCUGCGUACUUUAUGUACAAUUAACUGCCGAAAUUCCAAGGUCGACCUUCACAGCGUUGCGGCGCAUCAUGAAACUGUAAUCUUGACCUUAACAGCGUUGUGGCGCCUCAUGUAACUCCAAGGUCGACCUAAACAGCGUUGUGGCGCCUCAUGUAAACUCUAUGGUCGACAUACACAGCGUUGUGGCGCCUAAUGAAACUCUAUGGUCGACAUACACAGCGUUGUGGCGCCUCAUGUAAACUCUAUGGUCGACAUUCACAGCGGUGCGGCGCCUCAUGAAACUCCAAGGUCAACAUUCACAGCGUUGCGGCGCCUCAUGAAACUGUAAUGUUGACCUUCACAGCGUUGUGGCGCGUCAUGAAACUGUAAUGUUGACCUUCACAGCGUUGUGGCGCGUCAUGAAACUGUAAUGUUGACCUUCACAGCGUUGUGGCGCGUCAUGAAACUGUAAUGUUGACCUUCACAGCGUUGUGGCGCGUCAUGAAACUCUAAUCUUGCCCUUCACAGCGUUGUGGCGCGUCAUGAAACUGUAAUCUUGACCUUCACAGCGUUGUGGCGCGUCAUGAAACUGUAAUGUUGACCUUCACAGCGUUGUGGCGCCUCAUGAGACUCUAAUGUCGACCUUGACUGUGAGCGUUAAGGAGACGCUGCUGCGCCUCGUGAAUGUAUUUGGUCGACCUUAGGAAACAUUGUUGCGCUUCAUAAAACUCUAAAGGUCGACCUUCACAGCGUUGUGGCGCCUCAUGUAAACUCUAUGGUCGACCUUCACAGCGUUGUGGCGCGUCAUGUAAACUCUUUGGUUGAACUUCACAGCGUUGUGGCGCCUCAUGUAAACUCUAUGGUCGACCUUCACAGCGUUGUGGCGCCUCAUGUAAACUCUUUGGUUGACCUUCACAGCGUUGUGGCGCCUCAUGUAAACUCUUUGGUUGACCUUCACAGCGUUGUGGCGCCUCAUGUAAACUCUAUGGUCGACCUUCGCUGUGAACGUUAAGGACACGAUGUGGUGCCGAGGCGUUAUUCUUACUGUAGUUGGUCACCGCUGGACGGUGUUUUAUAUAAAUGAACAAUCGUAAUGGUAUCCAAAGAACUGCCAGCUGUUUAUACUAUGGAUAACAAAUAAUAAAUGAAUAACAUUUA